AUGACUGACAUGCCCUCCGAUUCGUUAAGUUGGGAUUGGCAUUCCGAGGACUCGGGGGCCAAUGAAAUCUGCCAACCUGAGCAAAUUGGUAUUCUCAACUCGACUCUCCUGAGUUUGGCCUUUGUGAUCGGUACCAUUUUGAACGGCGCAAGUUUGUAUAUUUUCUGGUUUUGUAUCAGGAAAUGGAGCCCUGGACUAAUCCUGCAGUUCAACUUGGCAUUGGCAGACGUUCUUGUAACUCCUUCUAUACCCUUCAUGAUCGCCUAUUCUUCACUGUCAUACUGGCCUUUUGGACCGUUUCUCUGUCAGCUGAAACUCUUCUUACUGAAAGCCAACAAUUUCAGUAGCAUUUAUUUCCUCACUUUGAUUAGCAUCCACAGAUAUCAUAUGAUCGUACACUGCACAACAAAAACAUGGUUCAAGGAAGCGUGGUUUAUAAAGUUAGUUUGUGUUGUUGUGUGGCUUCUAGUGCUGUUCCAAGGAAUUCCAUUCUUCUUUAUCCUCAAGACAUCUGAAAUCAACAACGCUACCCAGUGUCUGGGCAUACAUCAGAACGAUCUGCUAUUUUCAUACUUCGUGUGGGACAUGGUCAUGGUGUCAAUCGGAUAUAUUAUUCCACUUAUAGUGUCCAUCAUCUGCUACAGUUUGCUGAGCUGCUUUAUCGUUAGACUGAAGCACAACCAGCUGAAGAGCAAGAACAUGAAACUAAAGUCCUUGCGAAUGAUUGUUGUGUCCUUUGUGUUACUUGUGAUCUGUUUCCUGCCUGUGCACAUAUCCAGGACGGUGGCAGUUACAGUCAGGUUCUUCCACCCCGAGCAGUCCAAGUACUUAAACUUUGUCAAAUCCAUUUAUUAUAAAUGCUUGGUGCUGUCCAGCUUCAACUGUUGCUUGGAUCCUUUGCUUUAUUUUUUCACUUCUAAGAAAUUUAAGGGAUCACUCAAGCGGGUUAUGAUGCCUACCAGGUCCUGUGCCAAGAUGUGAAUCGUAGCUUAACCCUUUCAAAACUCAGAUUCAAUUAAAAAAUAACGGGCAUGGUAGGAACUGGAUAAUGGGAUUGAUAAUAGCAAUAAUAAUAAUAUCCUUGCACUUGAUAUAGCGCCUUG